AUCUACCGGAUCCCCAAUCGGUACAGUGGGCAUGCCUCACAUAUGCGGUAGGACAGAUGAGCAGUGUUACGAGGAUAAUUUGCAUAUAAUCGGAUGCACAACGCCGAUUAUGCUAUCAGAGUCAUGAUAUACCGAGUCACCUCUGGGCCUCCUUCUUAGACCCCUCUGAACCUCUCCCGACACUAACUAUCAUGGCCGCCUCUGCCUCUAUCGCCGGAUGGGAGCAGCUCGCUGCCUCAAAGCGUGACGCCGUCGCCGCUAAGAUCCCCUCGGAAUGGCGUCUCCCGUCCUCGCUGAGCAGUCAGAUCUCAGAAACGUCCAAGAUCAGCGUGCUGUCGUUUCCCAGAGAGAGCAAGAUUCUCACGGAGAAAGAAUUAGAUCUGACGGAGAACUACGAUGCCACGAGCCUGAUCGAAUUGAUGAGCACGGGAAAGGAGAAGAGCUAUGAUGUGACAUUGGCAUUUUGUAAGAGGGCUGCCAUCGCCCAGCAAUGCGUGAAUUGCUUGACGGAGAUCUUCUUCGAUGAGGCACUUCAGAGGGCGAGGCAGUGUGAUGAAUACCUUGAGAAAGAAGGGAAGCCUAUAGGGCCUCUGCAUGGUCUACCGAUCAGCUUGAAAGAUUCAUUCAACGUGAAAGGGGUACAUGCUACCAUCGGAUACGUCUCGUUUCUCGCCAACCCCCCAGCUCAAUUCAAUUCUGCCUUGGUAGACAUACUCUUCCAAGCAGGAGCUGUGUUCUACGUGAAGACGAACCUUCCGCAAACGAUGAUGACGGCCGACUCUCAUAACAACAUCUUUGGGCGUACAUUGAAUCCCAAUAACUUGUCUUUGACAGCCGGUGGCAGUACAGGUGGAGAAGGCGCCUUGAUCAAGAUGCGAGGAAGUGUACUGGGGCUCACGACCGACAUUGCAGGCAGCACCAGGAUUCCGGCCUUGUGCAAUGGCAUUAGUGCAUUGAAGCCGACCGCGAGUAGAUUGCCGUUUAUGGGCAAGGUUGCACCGGGACGUGUAGUAAGCCCAGGGAGCGUGUUGCCAGCGAUUGGUCCCGCAGGAGUGUCGAUACGUGACCUGGAGCUGCUGAUGAAGACGGCUAUCGACAGCCACCCAUGGCAUUACGAUGCCAAUGUGCUCAACGUACCGUGGAGAAAAGUCGAGCCUCCCAAAGUGCCACUACGAUUCGGCUUGAUUCGAGGGCAUCCGAGACGCCCACUCCACCCUCCUAUCGCUCGAGCCUUGCACACUGCGGCCACGAUGCUCAAGGAAGCUGGGCACACAAUUGUGCUACUCGAUGACAAGAUUCCAGACCUUUGGGAGACCGCACUGCUCACGUGGAAGAUGUUCGAUCUUGAUCCCAAGAAGACACCCAAGCAGCAUGUCAACGCAUCAGGAGAGCCGUGGGUUCCCUCCAUACCAACAGCAGCAUUCGCAGAACUUAAGGACUGGGUGGCGUCGCUCAAUGAACUCUGGGAUACCAACCUGGAGCGGGCUAAGAUCUUGAACACAUAUCGUGAACUAGUCGUGGAGAACAAGCUCGAUGCUAUCUUAUUGCCGGGAUACCAGACCACAGCGGUUCCGCACGACACUUUUGGGGUACCAAUCUAUACAAUGCUGGUGAACUUUCUGAAUUAUCCAGCAUGUAUCUUGCCUUUCCUUAAGGCAGAUAAGCAGUCUGACGCGCCAUUUAUCAACAAAGACGCAAAUUACGAGCCGCCCUACGAGCCUGAAAAGGUCGAAGGAGCACCUGGUGCUGUCCAAGUGAUGGGAUUGCCAAUGAUGGAUGAAGAAUUGCUGGAGAUUGUGAAGGUGGUGGAGCAGGUAUUGGUAAAGGGCUAG